AUGGGCCGAGUCGUCUCCUCUCCACGUACAGAAGAUGACGUUAGAGGACAAUUUUCUCCAUUAGAAAACUUGAAUCCAAGUAUCUACCUCGGGCCUUCCAGUGCGGGAAAAGCAUCGGCUCCCCCUCACCCCGUGGAAUCUUCCGGUAUAUUAGAUACCACUUCCUCGAAUAUCCGCCUGGGAUUUUACAUUUUGAAUGGGCCCCUGGAUCUCCCCGCCCCCGAGGGUCCUUCUCCAGAGAAGUCACACGCUGCCCUACAUGGAGGCGAUGGGAUAUUUACAAACUCUUCCUCCAAUCAGUGCUUCGCAAUAAUUCACCCGUCUCUCUUACAUCAGCAAACCCACGGCGAGAAUCGCUCUUUUGUCUGCUCAGAGUGCGGGAAGUGUUUUCAAACAAAAUCCAACCUCGUCAGACAUAAAAACGUCCACGUCGGGAUCCGGCCCUAUUCCUGCUCGAAGUGCGGGAAAAGCUUCGCUACAAAAUCGCAUCUCGAAAGGCAUGAAACGAGUCACACCGUGGAGCAUCCCUUUUCGUGUUCGGAGUGCGGGAAGUGCUUUAAACGGAAAGAUCGCCUGAAGGCCCAUCGCCGCGUUCACGCGGGGGACACUCCUUUCUCAUGUGCAGAGUGCAAGAAGUCGUUCAUCAGCAAAGCGCAUGUUAUCAGGCAUCAGAGGAUUCACACCGGCGAGAAGCCCUUUUCCUGUUCCGAGUGCGGAAAACGUUUCUCACAUAAAGGUCACCUCAAUAUCCAUUUGAAGCUCCACACCGGCGAGAAGUCGUUUGCCUGCCUCGAGUGCGGGAAAAGCUUCACUCACAAAUCUACACUCAUCAACCACCAGAGAUUCCACACCGGCGAGCAGCCGUUUUCCUGCUUAGAGUGCGGGAAACGCUUCACACGGAAAAUGAACCUCGACCGGCAUCAGAAGAUUCACAUGGACCCGGCUUUAUUCUCCUGUCUGGAGUGCGGGAUGCCCUUCAAAAGGAAGUCUGAGCUGAGGAUACAUCAGAGAAGUCACGUCGGGAAGGAGAUCUUUCCAUGUUCAGAGUGCAAGAAGUCAUUUAUUAGUAAGUCGGAACUCUUUAGACACCAGAGGACUCAUAUGCGGAAAAGAAGCCUUUGCAAUGUUGCGAGUGUGGGAAACGUUCCUACAGUAGAGGACUCAACGGAUGUAUAA